AUGCUAUUGCAUUCUCAAGAAGUAGAGGUCUAUGAAGGAAGCGAUUCAGUUUUGACUAGAUCACGGGAGUUGGAAUUGCAUGAGUUGUUGAAUGACUUUGAAUAUGUUUUCCAAACUCCUUCAUCCUUACCUCUUGAAAGAACUUGUGACUGUAGAAUAACCUUACUUCUAGGUUCAAAACCAUCUAGUAUUAGGCCCUAUCAUUAUGGGCCAAUACAAAAGACUGAAAUAGAGAAGGUUGUUCAGGAAUUGUCGAGUGCAGGGUUCAUUAGGGCUAGUCAUAGUCCCUUUUCUUCUCCAGUGUUGUUAGUCAAAAAGAAGGAGGGCACAUGGAGGAUGUAUGAUAUACUAGUGUAUAGCUCUGGAUGGAAGAAACAUUUGGCAGACUUGAAGCAAACAUUCUUGAUUUUACAACACCACCUUUUGUUAGUGAAGGAACAAAAGUGCUCUUUUGGUCAAUAUCAAGUGGAAUACUUGGGAAACAUUGUUUCUAGAAAUGGAGUAGCAGCAAAUCCUUCUAAGGUUAAAGCUAUCAUGGAAUGGCCUUUACCUAAGAAUGUGAGGGAUUUAAGAGGGUUCCUAGGUGUAACUGGAUAUUAUAGAAAAUUUGUACCAGGAUAUGGCCAAAUCUGUCAACCUUUGUACCAGAAGGGAGUAGAAAAUGUAGUUGCUAAUGCCUUGUCUAGAGCUAGUAGUGCUGAGGAGUUGCCAAUUCAUGAGGGUAAAUUAGAUGAGCUAAGGAGAGAACUUGAACAAGAUGAAUGGAUUUUAGCUAAGAUUCAAGAAGUGAAACAGCUGGAGGCUAGUGGAACAACAUCCAAAUACCAUUGUGACAAUGGGUUCUUGAAGUAUAAGUCAAGAAUAGUGCUCAGUUCUACUGAACUUCAUAAUUGCAAAGGGAAACAUGUUAAAAUUCUCUCGUUUUGA